AUGCAAGUUAUACAAGAAGAGCAAAGGAAACUGGCGGCGAUAGAGUCUACUAUCGUUUAUAACUACCUUGAUUGGUUGACCAUAUUGCCUUGGGGAAUUUACAGUGAUGAGAAGACUGAUGUUAUGAGUGCAGAAAAGAUUCUUGAUGAGGACCAUUAUGGCUUAUCUAGUGUAAAAGAAAGAGUAUUAGGACAUAUUGCUGCUAUAAGACUUGGGAAAAUAAUUUGUCUCGCGGGUCCUCCUGGUGUUGGUAAGACUAGCAUUGCGCGUUCUAUUGCGCGUUCUAUUGCGCGUGCUCUUCACCGCAACUUCUUUCAACUCUAUGUAGGAGGCAUAUCUACGGCUUCUCUCAUCAAGGGGAGUCCUCGAACAGGAGUCAAUGCCAUGCCGGGAAAGAUGGUGCAAUGUUUAAAAAUUGCGGGAACAUCAAAUCCUGUUGUUUUGAUUGAUGAUAUUGAUAAGCUUGGAAUUGGCAACAAUGGCGACACACUCAAUGCGUUGUUGGAGCUUCUUGAUCCAGAGUUGAAUGCAAAUUUUAUGGAUCACUAUCUCAACGUUACCAUUGACCUAUCGAAGGUUUUAUUUAUAUGCACAACAAAGUCGACAGUGGGGAUUCCGAUUCCUCUGCUAAACAAAAUGGAAGUGAUUACUAUCUUAGGUUACCUCUUUGAUGAGAAAAUUCAUAUCGCUAGGGACCAUUUGGAGAAAACCGCACGCAGAGAUUGCGGCAUUAAGCUUGAACAGGUUGACGUGAGCCAUGCGGCGCUUAGUUCGUUGAUUGAAAAUUACUGCAGAGAAGAUGGAGUUAAGAAUCUCCAGAAGCAGAUUGAGAAGAUUUACCGCAAGAGUGCUCUUAAACGAGUACGAGAAGAUGCAUCUGAUACAACACUUGUUAAAAAUAUUAGAAUUGACAAUUCAAACCUUGCGGAUUAUGUUGGCGAACCGCUUUUCGUUGCGGGAAAGAUCAAUGAGAAGCCUGAUGUCAACAAAAUUUAUGAGCAAACCCCUGCUGGUGUUGCAGCGGGUCUGUCGACAACGAAUAUACUUUACAUUGAGACAAAUGUACUCGAAGAAGGUAGAGGCAAAGGCUGCCUAGAUGUGAUGACGGGCCAGCUUGGGAAUGUGGCGAAAGAAAGCGCGUUGAUCGCUUACACGUUUGCCAAAAGAUUCUUGCUAGAGAAAGAACCUAAGAACCGGUUCUUUGCUAAUUCCAAGCUUCAUCUACAUGGUCUUACCGGUGUCCUAACAAAUGACGGUCGAACCAAAGCCACAACAAUAGAAGGUCCAAGCGCAGGCUGCACUUCGUUGCUAUCACUUGCCAUAAAGAAGCCUGUAAGGAAGGAUCUUGCAAUGACCGGAGCAAUAAGUCUAACCGGUAGAAUUCAUCCUAUCGGCGGCGUGAUGGAUAAGACUUUAGCUGCAAGACGGAGUCAGAUCAAGACGAUAAUAUUUCCAGUUGGAAACCGGAAACUUUUUGAAGACUUACCGCAAAAUGUGAAAAAAGGGCUCGAUGUUCACUACGUUGAUGAAUAUGAGCAGAUUUUCGAGUUAGCAUUUAACUAUGACCAUUAG